GAGGCGGAGCACUUCGUAAACAAGUCUGGCAAAAACAUUCUGAUCUUUAUCUUGAGACGCUGUUGGGUUGAGAAAAUGUGUCAGUGCCAGUAGAACGGGACUUAUUGCUCUCCAGCAGAUUCAUGGGUAAUGAUGACACCAAACAUUGCCACCUUUGUGCCUGUUGCUGAAUGUUGAUUUUUUUUACCCCCCUUCUCCAAAGGGUAAUAUAGCCAACAGGAUACUUGUGGAGCGAAAUAAAUUCUGAGACCCGGAGGCUUGUGGACAUUGGUGGAGUGAAAUGACAGCUGGACCAGAGGCAGUUAACAGAUCUAAGUGAGAUUAAGUCUUUUGUUUUAUCUACAUAUACUUUGAAAAAAAUGGCGACAAGAGUAGGCGGAGGAUACCCCAUGAACCCAGACAGCCCCAUGAAUCCAGCCCUCGGGGUGAACCCAAUGAAUUCCGUGGCGGGCCAAGGUAGUAGGAUGCCACUUAAUCUUCAGCAGCCAUCUCCAGCCUUCCGCACGAUGGGUCCCGGCGGCGCUUAUCCCCGCCCAGGGAUGCCACUAGGAUCUCGCAUGGGAAUGCCAGGAAUGCAGAUGGGCAUGCCCUCUGGCCCAUCCUUCAUGGGGAGCACGGCCGUGCGACCAGGAAUUCCGCAGCCGAUGAUGGACCCGUUUCGUAAGCGUAUGCUCGCACAGCAGCCUCCACAGAUGAUGCAGAACCGAGGGAGAGGUGUGAAGAGACGAAAGAUGGCUGACAAAAUUCUACCACAAAGGAUCAGAGAGCUUGUUCCUGAAUCCCAAGCUUAUAUGGAUCUCUUAGCUUUUGAGCGCAAAUUGGAUCAAACUAUUAUGAGGAAACGCCUGGAGAUUCAGGAGUCCAUGAAAAAGCCCUUAAUGCAAAAGCGCAAACUAAGGAUCUACAUCUCGAACACUUUUACCCCGGCCAAGUCUGAAGGUGAAGAGGGAGAAACAGUUGCAUCGUGGGAGCUUCGUGUGGAAGGAAAACUACUUGAUGAUCCUGGAAAAGUGAAGAGGAAGUUUUCAUCCUUUUUCAAGAGUUUAGUCAUCGAAUUGGAUAAAGACCUUUACGGUCCAGACAAUCACUUGGUGGAGUGGCACAGAAUGCCCACCACCCAGGAGACGGAUGGCUUUCAGGUGAAGAGACCAGGAGAUGUGAAUGUGAAGUGCACCCUGCUAUUGAUGCUGGAUCACCAGCCCCCACAGUAUAAGCUGGAUGUCAGAUUGGCUCGUUUGUUGGGGGUCCACACUCAGACCCGGGCCAACAUCAUGCAGGCACUGUGGCUCUACAUCAAGAAGAACAGGCUUCAGGAUAACCACGAAAAGGAAUACAUCAACUGCAACCGCUACUUCAAGCAGAUAUUUAACUGCAUGAGGAUGAAAUUCACUGAAAUUCCAAUAAAACUGGCUAGUCUCCUACAGCAUCCAGACCCCAUCAUUAUCAACCACAUGAUUAGUGUGGAUCCAAGUGAUCAGAAGAAAACUGCUUGUUAUGACAUUGAUGUUGAGGUUGAUGACCCUCUGAAGAGUCAAAUGAGCAACUUUCUUCUGUCAACAACCAAUCAGCAGGAGAUUGCAGUCUUGGAUGUUAAGAUUCAUGACACAAUUGAAUCUAUCAAUCAGUUGAAGAUCCAACGUGACUUCAUGCUAAGCUUCAGUAACCACCCUCAGGAGUUUAUUCAAGACUGGUUAAAGUCACAGUGUCGUGAUUACAAGAUUAUGACUGAUGUCAUUGGGAACCCAGAGGAGGAGAGAAGGGCUGAGUUUUACUAUCAACCUUGGACACAGGAAGGAGUUGGAAGAUUCAUCUUCUCAAAGGUUCAGCAGCGCAGACAAGAACUGGAACAAGUACUGGGAAUACGUUUUACUUAGAUGCCAUAGUGCCUCCCUUCCAAAGAACUGGAGCUUAACACUCAUAGUGAUAACUUGCACUGCUUUUUUGACAUCUGAGAACAGCCUGGUUGAGUAACUAGCAAAGAAACGCUCUUUACCAGGGACAUUCUGGAACUAUUUUUAUAAAAUUUUACCACUUACAAAAAGAAAAGAUAAACAAUAUUUUAGUGCAAAAUCCACUCCCUUUUCCUGCAGUGGUGAUUCAGAGAGCUGCUACCACUGGCAGAGAUAAAUUUUUAUGUACAACUAUUGUUUACGAAUUCAAGGAUGGUUCACCCAAUCUUUGAUUACUUAUAAACAGUUAAUUUGUCUGAAAGUCCAUAGUGCAAAUCUGCCUUGAGGUUUAUACAUCUCUUACCACUUUAAAAAAAAAUGCACAAUCUAAGUGACUUGUAAUGUAACCCCCUUCCAAAGUGAAUACAUAGUAAACUAAAAGAACAGGAUCCCCUUGGAUAUUAAAGGGUGUUUCAAACCUAAAAGAACAUGAGUUCUGGCUACAGCAUCAUAAGGAUAAAAACCACAUUUUGUUGUAAGGCUCAUUGGCACUUGCAAUCAAUCAUAGUUUUAAUUAGUUAUGCAUAGAAAUCUUGUUUGCAUUCUAGGUGUAUCAAUGCAAUUUGCACUUAAAUUCGUCGUAAUUUCUGGGUUACGGUGUUUCCCCAUUUAAAACAUUUCAAAGUUUGAAGUUGGAGUUGGCAGAAUACUUUGAUGUUUUCUGAGUAUUAUGGGAACAUACGAUUGGACCAAGCACUGUCAGUCUCUGUAGAGUUCAAAUCCUCUUGACUUUAAUCAAUUUGGCCUUUUGAAGGAUAGAUUAGCAAACUGGAAUUGGAUCUGAAUAUUAUAGCUUCAAGCCAAGGUGACAACAGUCAUGUUUGAGGGAUUAUUUCAAUCUCUGGCCAAAGAGUAUAUGUAUCCUAUUACAUGGACCACUGGUCUUAUCAGAUUAGUGAUAAAGAUGAACAUUUACCCAGUUUGUCUCCCUGCAGUGACAAUCCAAACUGCAUUGCUUUUCCUUGUACUUCAGUUUCUAGAGCUGUAUGCUGUUGUGCCUUAUUUGGUUAACUGGUUUCUUGCAAGGACAUUUCUGUCAGUAUGCUUCAAAAUAGUGUUACAAUUAAAAAAGUAAGAAUAGUUUGUGAAAAUAGUUUGAAUACAACCCAAAACACUGGUUGCAGAAGGGGAAUAAUGCAGGAGGAUAAAUUUGAGUUAGUAAUAUUAAAUUAAAUACUGGUGUGAAUAUUUUGAAGUCAAGGUAAACUGUAUUUAUUAGAAUUGUCUGGGAUACUUGGAUUUUGGAUAGUUUGAACCUUGCAUAAUUAUCAUUUAAACAUGUUUUAUCAUUUGACUGUACUUCAAGACUUGCUUACUCUCUUGAAAAAUUUCUGAAGGGAUUCGUCACUCAGAGAAUGCCAUUCGUUCAAGCUAGCAAAAAAGUUCUUCUGAAAUCAAUGUUUGUGUGCAUGUAGUUGAUAUCAAAAUGAUAAUUAAGUUCAAAACAGUUGCAUAAUGCCAUGAGAUAUUCUUAGGUUGUUUAAGUGUUUAAUUAUUUAAAACCACUGUUUUGUUGGUGUUCAAACUCAAUUUUCUUGAAAAAGUCAAACCAGUGCAAUUGGUUCUUUGAAAUGGCAAGUUACGAGAAUAGAUUUUAAACCCAAGAAAUGCUCGAGCACGCUGCCAGUGUCGGUGGAAGUGCAAACACUAUAGUAACUGAAUUGUAAUGAACAUUUAACUCUAUUUUAGAUUCUGCAACUCAAUUUCAAAUUCAUGUCCUGUUUUAUGCAAAGAAUAAUCAAAAUAAAGUUGGUCAUAUCAGAGCCAUAUGGAAAAUAAUAGUGAAAAUGCACUAACCAAAGCACAGAAGCUCAAAUAAUGGAGCACCUACUUUAUUACAGAGAACCUGCAAUGAAAUAUAGGUUCUAUUCCCUGGUACAACUUAAUACAACUCUGCAAAGAGGUGGGUCCAAAUGAUCUGAAUAGGAAUAAUGAAGAAUGUUCCAUUAAAAAUGGAAUUAAGAUCCAAUUUUAUAUUUGUAUUAAUUUCAUUAGUUUAAUUUAGGGAAAAAAUGUUGCUUUCCAAUAGUGUUGCACAGUUGCUUUUUGUAAUUAAAAAAUGAUUUCAGGAAGCUAAAGCUUAAGGGUACAGAGGUGAAUAUUUUAGAAAUUGCAUUUAAUUAAAAUUGCUAAGUGCAAAUUUAAGCAUUUAAUCUGAAUUAGAUUUUUGUAAAGCUUUAGCUCUAAAGGUUUACUGUGUGAGUGUGGAGUAGUUUAGCAUGGGUUUUGAAGUACAAGGAAAUUGCUUUUGUGAGAUUGUGGUAACUUAGAUGGUUAGGUGAUAAAGGCAUUAGCUGUAGCAGGAGGCUUUGUCUCUUAAGUGUACCAGAAUUACACAAACAUAAUUAAUCAUAAUCUACACUUCACACAUAGCCUAUGACCCACAUAAACCUCACAAACACUAUUGGCUAAUUUCAUAGAUAAUAAACCUUCAAAGUACAGCUGGGUGUUUGGGCCAUUGACUCCAUGCAAACUCCUUGUAGAGCACUCCAGUCGGUCUCAUUUCCCCAUAUCUCUGAAAGCUGAGCUUAAAUUACUUGGACUGUUUCCAUCUUUGGUGAAAUUCAAUAUAUUCAAUAGGAACUUCCAUUAAAACUCUAUAAAAGCAUGCCUUAUUUGCAAGUUCUGUGAUCUGGUUCCUUGGAACUACGUCCCAAUGAGCAAAGUAAUUAUUUUCCGUAAUAAACCUUUUCUGGGGACGUUCACACUAUUCAUUUCACCCUCACCAAAUAACUUGACAAUUUAAAAAGACAGGGCAUGGCAGCUGCUGCUCUUUGGAGUACUGGUUCCUUCUUGGAACACACCCACCCACAUUCUUCUCUCUUCCCCCACCCCACCAUCCUGCCAACUCAGAUAAUAUCAAUUACUUUCCCACCACCAAGGAUACUAAUUGAAUCUAUCACAGUACUUCAGAGUUUCAAACAGAAGCUAAUAUAAGCAGUAGAUCCUGCGACCCCCAUUCAAUGCUGAGCUCGGUGCCACCUGUCUGGAGUUUGCAUGUUCUCUCUGUGACCAUGUGGGUCUCCCCAUGUAUUUUGGUUUCCUUCCACAUCCUAAAGAAAUGGCGUGGUAGGUUAAUUUGCCACUAAAUUGCCCUUGGUGUGGUAGAAUUGAGAACAUUAAUGAGAAUGUGGGAAGAAUAAAACGCAAUUAGUGUAGGAUCAGUGUAACUAGGUACUUGAUGGUUGAUGUGGGCUGAAGAGCCUGUUUCUAUAACUAAGAUUCAAUAUUUAAUCAAACUAAAAUUGAAAUUAUGUAUGCUAUUUUACUACUAAACUAGACAUUUCAUUAAGAUCUUGUCAAUCAUUCAAUAAAAGGUAUCCAUAUUGUUUAGUGUGACUGAAUACAAAAAACCAGUAGAAAUUUUUCAUCAAAUUGGAAUAGUGAGGUCUUCAGGCUUAAUGUUGAAGUGCAGCACAAAAAUUUGACACUGGGAUCAAUAUAUUCUCCACAUUUCAAUGUGGAAAAGGGUGAUUAAUGAGACAUUCUUCCUGUUGUGCAUAACAUGCAGCUGAUUAGUGCAACAAUUGUUAAGUGAAGCUUUAAGUGUCUAUAUUUACAGAUCUUAAAUAUUUUUAUGCUUUUGUAUUCAAUGCAGUGGUAUAUAGGACCAAGGUACACACUAUUUAUGCUGAGAAUGCCUGUAUUAAUUAGGUACUGGGCUCAAGGUGAAAUACUGAUUCAGUUUAAAAAUUGCAGCUUUGGAACUGGAGGUGGUUCAGCUGUGUUCCAUUUUCCAAAGUUCUUCAAAGCAAAUAUGGUCAAAGUAGCCACAUUCUGAUGUUUCAACUGUCUUCUUAUGCAGCAGUUUUAGGGAAGCACUAGUGGAACUCUAGUUGAUGGAUUGCACUCAGCAAUUCAAUGCUUGGGAGCUUUGUAGCCUUUAGUGGACAGCAGGUAUAAAGAAAUUACAGUACAGUGUUUUACUGGCUUGUAGGAAUUCAGUGUUCCAAUGGCAAAUAUCAGGCUAUUUUUUUAAAAACACUGCUCAGCAGAUACAAAAAGAUUAACCAUAUUUACAUUGUAAUUUGGUAUUCAUUCCAUUUGGGAGAAUUUGUACCAGAACUAAUGCGGAUUACAUCUGUACCAAUUUGCUGUCGAAGUUUUGCGUAGAAAAUAAAAAAUAAAGAUGAUAGUAAAAUUAAUUUGUUUAUUUUUCAUGUUUUAGGUGGUGGAGGGAGGGGGCAAGAUGGCUGAAUUGGGUAAAAUGCACAAUUCAGUUCUGCAAGGAUUCUCCCACCAUGACCAAGAAAUGGUGCAUCUGGUGGAAUCCUGCCUCAGUGCCAGCAACUGGAACUGUCUUCACCUCUGAUGCUUUCUGUGGAGUUUGCACAUUCUCCCUGUAACCACAUAGGUGUCUUCUGGUUCCCUUUCACAUCCCAAAAAUGUGCAGGUUGAUCAGUUUAAUUGGCCCACUGUAAAUUACCUCUGGGCUGGCUGGUGGUGUAGUGGAAUCAGCACUGGACUUAAAGGCAGAUGGUCCCAGGUCCCACCCUGGGCAGCAGCAGCAUCUGUGCAGAAGAAAGGCCUGGCAGUCUACUUAUGUAUCUUGCCAUGAAAACUCUAUGGUCCAUGAGGUCAUGAAGAGUCAGACUCAACAACAAAAGAUUACCUCUAACAAACAAGGAGCAUGUGCAUAUGGUGAUAAGAAUGUUGGGGAAAAUACAGCAGAAUUAGUGUAAAAACUGGUGCUUCUCAGCAGGAUCUUUAAUGUACCAAACAGCCUCUUUCCAUGUUGUAUCUCCCACAACUCUAACCCAUUUCUUGGUUUGAUCAGUCAAUAAAUGCAAGUAGCUUUACUCCAGCCAGAUAGUUUUUUUUGGAUCAUGAGCAAAGUUGGCACAAGACCUCUGGGAAUUACCAACUGCAUUGUCUUGA